AUGCUCUUUCGCGGCGGCGCGCGCCGCACCGGGCGGUCUGGCACCUCGUACACCAUCACGUUCAUCCUCGUCGGCGCCACCGCGCUGCCAGUAGCAGCACAGCGGCAGCCGCUCUUCAACAUCUCGCGCGCUGCUGUCAGCCUUGACACUCCUGCGCUGGCGGCUGCUCCCGCCUCCACGGCCGCAGCUGCUUCUGCGAGUGUCGGUGCGAACGCGGCAGCCGUGGCUGCCACUCCAUCCGCCACCAGCGCCGCUGCACAAGCGGCCUCCGUCCAGCGCGCGCGCGACGAGGCGGCGGCGCUGAGCCAGUUCGCCGAGCGAGAGCGGCGCGGCCGGGGCCUCAGAGGGCGGCGGCGGGCAGGGCCGCCUCUUGUCACCGACUCCGCGGCGGUGGCAAAGGUGAUUGCCGCCCUGCAUUUGCCGCCCGAGGCUGCCGCCGCGGCAGCAGCCAUACUCGCCCAGGCGGCAAAGCCAAAGGAGGCAACGGGUAACGUGUCGGUGUCGGCAUCGGUGCCAGCGCCCAUCCCAGUGCCGGCUCCGGAGCCGCCGGCCGCGCGAGACAAGGUGGUCGUCCGCCUCGUCGCCUCCGGGUCCGUGAGCGACUUCGACAGCGGCAAGAAGGCGGCCAUCGGUGGCAAGAUUGCGUCGGCGGCCGGCGUGCGGCCGGAGGACGUCAAGGUGGCGGUGACUGCCGCGAGCGUGCUCCUCGAGGUGAGCGUGGCCACAGCGGGCGAGGAGACGGAGAAGGUCCGCACCAGCCUCGCGGCGCGGCUCGCCACCGCCUCGCUCGCAACCUCGCUGCUGCAAGAUGUCGGCGUGGCUGUCGAGGCGACUCGCAGCGCCACAGAGACCGCUGGCAGCGAACCUCUUCAGAGCAGUGUGGCUGUCCUUAGGCGACACCGUCGCGCUGCGGCAGAGCAGCUACUGGCGGCUGCGUCGACGCCGCCCGUGGAGGCGGCUCUUCCGGUGCCAGAGGCGGACCCCGCGGCGAGCAAAGGAGGGCUGGCGGCAACAGCCGCUGCGCCCGCGGAUGAGCAGGCCCCGGCCGUGGUGGCGGCCCCUGAGCAAGAGCGGCCUCUCGAGCCCGUCCUCGUCACCCCGCCCGCUGAGGUGAACCCGCCCGCUGAGGUGGCGCCUGAGGUGGCGCCUGAGGAGAUUUGCCGUCGGGCAGAGCGGCUCGCCCAGGAGAUGAGGCCCUCGGGCAAGUCCCACUCGGACAAGUCCCACUCGGACCCGGCACCGGCAGAGCGGACUCUGCUGUCGCACGACCCCUCACACAUUGACGCCUGCGCACCGGCCGCGGCGUGCGUGGCAAAGGUCCGCUCGCUCCCCGACAGCCUCGCCGCCAUUUCGGCGCGGAUCGGCGCGCCGGCAGAGGCGCGCGAGGGGCGUCCCUCCCCCUCUGGCCCACUUGCGGUGCGGGCCGACGGCUCGAGGCACGCGGGCAGCCAGCACACGGGCAGCCAGCACGCGGGCCUCAGCACGCAGGCGGCCCAGGCGAGCAUCGCGUGGCACACCGAGCCCGACGAGGAGGAGGCGCCGGCGCCGGCGCGAGGGGCCGAGCGGCGGCUGGAAGAGCGGCGCGGCGACGCGGCUGGCGGCGGCGCUGUUUGUGCUGCUGCUGCUGUCGCUGCUGUCGCUGCCACCGCCGCUGACAGAGGCGACGGCGGGGCGGUGGCAGCGGCGGCGGAGGAGGAGGAGGAUUGGGAGGCGGACCGGGCAGCCUCUGGCGGGUGGGGCGAGGUGGACGGGUGGGGGGACGAGGACGAGUCGCCGCCGGAGCAGCGGGUGGUGCUCGCCCCGCCCGAGGCGUCGCUCGCGCCCGCCGAGCCGGCGGGGGAGGCCGAGGCGGCGGGCGGUGCCUCGGGCGGGUCUUCGGCGGGAGGCGGCGACAGGUGGAGCCAGGAGAGCGGCUGGGGAGAGGUGGACGGUUGGGACGAGGAGGAGCCGAAGGGCGGAGACGACGUCUGAGCGGUGCUGGGGCAUAUUUCCGCGGGAGAGCGACGCGCUCGGCCCCAGAGUGCGGUGCGGGCGCUCACAGGCUCCACAAGGACAAGAUGUGAACAUGUAUAUGAGUAUGUGCUUGCCUCAUGUGCGCGCGAGACAGGUUCUCUCUCCGGUGAGUCGUGCCAAGGCCCAAGCGGUGUCCAACCUUUAUCUCAUGUUUGGGGAUCUGUAGAGAC